GCGAGACUGGAGAGGCAUCCAUUUGAGAUUGAAAGUUGCGCGUUCGCGAACGAGAAACAAACGUCUCCGACGGGGCAAGAAGUUCCGCGAGAAUGGACCGUGAUUGAGAGUGAGAAGAGCAAGAGAGAAAGAGAAAGAGAGAGAACGGAGAGAACGUCCGAGAGUGAAAAGGGGCCGAGCACGACAGACGGGAAAUUAAUCGCUGUUGGGAGAGAUAUCCUGCGGGUGAGCCGGUCAGCCGACGGUGAUGGCAUGAGGACAUUAGUAAGGAAGAGCUGCGGGUCCAGCGAGGAGGAGGAUGAGGAUGGUGGUGGGCGUGAUGGUCCUUGGUCAGCUACUGACGAGGAUUUUGCUCGCUGCCCACGCAGGAGAUCGACUCGCGGCAGCUCGCAGGAUCCUCAGGGACGUGCCACUGAUAGACGGGUCGGUGCACAUCGGGAAAGCACAGGUUCGAGAGGUGAAUCAACGACGAGAGCAAUCAACAGAGAGAGAGAGAGAGAGAGAGAGAGAGAGAGAAGCGUUUCAAAAGAAAUACAAAGCUCAUUAUGCAGUCUUUGCUCGGUGAGGAUCGCGGGAGGGCAUAUGCACCGGAUU